AUGGCAGAGCCCUGCAAGAUUCCUGCUGCCAUGGUAGCCGAAUCCGUGGAAAGGUCAUAUGUGCUCAAAAUAGAUGGAUACUCAAGAGUGAAGGGGCUACUGAAGAACGGCAAGUUCGUCGCUUCCACCCCUUUCAGUGUUGGAGGCCACAACUGGACCGUGAAAUAUUACCCGAACGGUUGCCCCAAGUAUUGUGACGAUUUCAUAUCUCUUUAUGUGCACCAUGAAUCUGCCGGUGCCAAAGAAGUGAAGGCGAAAUUGACGCUCAAUGUGCUUGACAAGAAUGGUAAUCCGGUGCCUUCGUACACCCGUACCACCCCUGUGAAUACUUUCUCCAAGAAAGCUCCAACCUGUGGCUACUAUGACUUCAUCCCGAAGGAUGAACUUGAGGGAUCGGCGCAUCUUAGAGGCGAUUGUCUCACCAUCAGGUGCGAUGUUACCGUUAUGAAGGAGAUCGAAGAAGCAAUGGUUCCUCCAAGCGACCUGCACCGGCAUCUCGGUGAUCUCCUGAAGAGCAAUGAUGCAGCGGACAUGACCUUUCAAGUCGACGGACAGAGAUACUCCGCUCAUCGGUGUGUCGUUGCCGCUCGGUCUUCCGUCUUCAAGGCAGAGCUCCUCGGCGCCAUGGAGGAGAGUUCCGGUAGUACCAUUGUAAUCCGGGACAUGGAAGCUGAUGUGUUCGAGUCCUUGCUCCAUUUCAUAUACACCGACUCGGUUCCUCCAGCGCUUGAUGUGGUGAUGGCCGGACAUCUACUCGUGGCAGCUGACAGGUACAACAUUGGUAGGCUGAAGGUGAUAUGCGAGGAGAAAUUGUGCAGUCACAUUGAUUCCAACAUGGUGGCUACCAGCUUGGCUUUGGCUGAGCAACAUGGUUUCCGUCGUCUCAAAGAAGCUUGUUUGCAGUUCCUUGCUUCUCCGUCCAAUUUGGAGGCUAUGAUGACAAGUGAUGGCUAUGAGCAUCUGAAAUCCAGCUGCCCAGCUGUUCUUAAGGAGCUGAUAGCUAGAAUCAUCCCGGCUGAAUUUACAUCAGCGAAGGAUAUUAUCAUGACAAUGUGGAAGUAA